AUGUCAGAUCUCCGUAAUCGAAAACCAGCAGGCUCAAACGCCAACACCAACGCUAACGCGAACGCUGCUGGUUCAUCCUCCUCCUCCGGGACCGGAACUACAGGCAAUCUCCCGGCUCGACUUCACUCCACAGGCGCUGGAGUCAAAGGCGGUCUCCCUCCAGAUUCUCAAUUUGGAGCCGGACCGGCCGAUACGUCUAUUCAUCCCAUCCUCUACCUCAUUGGAUUUAUCGCGAUCGGGUUGAUGGGUUACUACAAUAUUUGGCCGUUACUCAAGGAAUCAUGGGAGAAUGGAGAGUUAUCAUUCAAUACGGAGGAGAUCAAGAGUGAUUUCUUGGAGCUUUGGGGGAUGAUCAGGGCGAGGCUGGGUCUGUGA